AUGAGCAUUGAAUAUUGCAGACAGAUUGCUCAACCAGAAACCAUAAAAAUUUUGGAAAAAUUCGUGGCGGCUAUUAAGAAUGUGUCAGAUUCGAAAAAAAUGAAUUUAACAUUUAUUUAUGAUUGUAAAGCAGGAGGAGUUGAUUUGGAAAAAUUAGAAGAAGUAAUGAUUGAUGUAAAACAUGAAAUUAAAAAAAUUCCGGACAUGCAAGAGGAAUUGGCAAAGGGUAACACAAUCCUUUUAAUCACCAACAGCAGUGGAUACCAAGUAUUAGAAGCAUUUUAUGAAAAUGUUCCAAUAUUAUCUCUGCCUUAUAUGGUAGAUCAAUUUUAUGUUGCUGAAGCCUUGAAAAUACCUCAUGAAAUAGAAAUUGAGAAUUCCGCUAAUGGUGAAAAGCCGAUUAGCGGAGGAGAUCCCAAACAUGGGCAGAAAAUGGACGGAAAUGGACGAAGCAAAUCCCCUGUUCGUGGAAGGUCCCCUGCUCAAUCAGGAAAUGGACGAAGCAAAUCCCCUGUUCGUGGAAGGUCCCCUGCUCAAUCAGGAAAUGGACGAAGCAAAUCCCCUGUUCGUGGAAGGUCCCCUGCUCGAGGAAGGUCCCCCGCUAAAGGCAGUUCUCAUGCUAGACCUUCAAGUUUGGACAAACAUGGCGAGAAUCAUCACUUAGUUGUUAAACAAGAAGUGGUUAGACUUUCUCCAACAUUAAGCUUCAACAAUAUGUCAAAGAAUAUUGAAAAGAUUGGAGAUAAUGAGGGUAUUGAAGACAUUGCAGAUAUUGAAGCGGUAUUGGAAGAGCUGUUGGAUAACGAUCACAAGGAAAAGGUUAACAAUGUUCAUAAAUAUUUACGCCAGACAUUGAAAAAGAACAAUCCAAAGAAUAUUUUCCUCGCUAAAGUAGAAGAAGCUCUUCGCAAUUCUAAUGGAGAAAAUGAACAGGAGUGA